AUGCUUCUAUGUGGCACAAUUUCUCAUCCUCUUCCCUCUCUUCACCUCAAAACCCCCCUUCGGCUCCGCAGCUAUGCCCCCCGAAUGCUCGCCCCUACCCCCACCAUUACUAACAAAUACUCCAUAUCUGACAAGGACCUCAAGUCCCGAGGCUUCCUCCUCCGUCGCACCAUCUCCAACCUUAAUCUCGACCACCUCAAUUUUGUCUUCAUGGCAGUCGGGUUCCCCAAGUGUGACCUAAAGAAGAUCAAACUGGUGUUAGAGAACACGAACUCGAUCCUCUGGGUAGAGCACAAGAAAACCCAAAAGCCAGUUGCAUUUGCUAUAGCCACAGAGGACAAUGUUUUCAAUGCCAUCAUCUGGGAUGUGGUGGUGUAUCCUUCAUAUCAGGGGAUUGGAUUAGGGAAGGAUGUGAUGGAGAUAAUCGUACAGGAGCUGUUAGAGAAGGGGAUUGUAAACAUUGCUUUGUAUUUAGAACCCCGAGUUCUUAGCUUUUAUAGACCCCUGGGUUUUGUGGUUGAUCCGGAUGGGAUCCAAGGGAUGGUGUACUCCAAAAAACAAAAAAAAAAAUGA